CAGGGAAAGGCCCAAGGGGCCCAGUGUUCAGCAAAGACCAAGGCCAGGCAGACCGAUCCAGACCCCCAGGCUCUGAAUCACCUGCAGGUUCUGGGGAAGCAAAAUGCUCUUCAGCCCCAAAUGGUCUACACCAGGCCUGGUAGUCCCGGGGACAUGUCUUCUCACAGACGGGCCUCCUACACACGCACGCGCGUGCAAGCACACACACACACACACUCCUUCUGAUCUACACCAACAUGAACACAGACCCACAACGACCACUGUCCCACACUCACAUAUUCAUGACACUUACAUGCAGACUCACACUCAUAGACACACACACGUUAACACGUAUAGAGAUACUCACUGACGUGUCCACACACUACAUACUCACUGAAGCACGUACACACAUACACACCUGCAGUGAGAAUACACAUAGAUGCACAGACACACCAACAAAAUUAUACAAAUGUGGUCACACUGAUGCACAAAUACCUUGAUUACAGGGACACACGUACACCAGACAGACAGACAUGGACACACAUCUUUGCACAAGACACCUGCACACACACCCCAGCCCCACACACUCGCCCGCCUUCUAACAAGCCCCAGCGUCUCCAGGGCUCUCCUGCAGCUGUCACUCACCCCCUGCCAUCCACACCCCUCCCUGGGGGAGGCGAUGUCCCCGAGGGAACAGAGGUCUUCGGUCCCAUCUUAAGCCCUGCUGGCUCCCGCGUGACAUCAGCAGCCCCCUCGCUGCCACCCUCCUGCUGGGAGUUCCGAGCUGGGUGCUGGGCCCGGGCUGGCGCCAGGCACAGACACUUCGGCCCUUGUUGGGAGAACAGAGAGGCUCUCUUGUCCACUGCCCAUCCUCCGGCUCCAACUGCUCGUUCUCCCAGCGGCAUUCUCCCAGGCUGUGCAGAGCCCACCUGAUCACUGUUACAGGAUGGACUCCAGCCCAGCUGGGACCCCGAGUCCGCAGCCCCCGAGGGCCAACAGGAAUAUCAACCUCGGGCCUUCUGCCAACCCAAAUGCCCGGCCCACUGACUUCGACUUCCUCAAAGUCAUUGGCAAAGGAAACUAUGGAAAGGUCCUACUGGCCAAGCACAAGUCAGACGGGAUGUUCUACGCGGUGAAGGUGCUGCAGAAAAAGUCCAUCCUAAAGAAGAAAGAGCAGGGCCACAUCAUGGCCGAGCGCAGCGUGCUGCUGAAGAACGUGCGGCACCCCUUCCUCGUGGGUCUGCGCUACUCCUUCCAGACGCCUGAGAAGCUCUACUUCGUGCUCGACUAUGUCAACGGGGGAGAGCUCUUCUUCCACCUGCAGCGGGAGCGCCGGUUCCUGGAGCCCCGGGCCCGGUUUUACGCUGCCGAGGUGGCCAGCGCCAUUGGCUACCUGCACUCCCUCCACAUCAUUUACAGGGACCUGAAACCAGAGAACAUUCUCUUGGACUGCCAGGGACACGUGGUGCUGACAGAUUUUGGCCUCUGCAAGGAAGGUGUGGAGCCGGAGGAGACUACAUCCACGUUUUGUGGCACCCCUGAAUACUUGGCUCCAGAAGUACUUCGGAAAGAGCCUUAUGAUCGGGCAGUGGAUUGGUGGUGCUUGGGGGCAGUUCUCUACGAGAUGCUACACGGCCUGCCACCCUUCUACAACCAAGAUGUGUCCCAGAUGUAUGAGAACAUUCUGCAUCAGCCACUACGGAUCCCCGGGGGCCGGACUGUGGCCGCCUGUGACCUCCUGCAAGCUCUUCUCCACAAGGACCAGAGGCAGCGGCUGGGCUCCAAAACAGACUUUCUUGAGAUAAAGAACCAUGUAUUCUUCAGCCCCAUAAACUGGGAUGACUUAUACCACAAGAGGCUGACUCCACCCUUCAACCCAAAUGUGGCAGGCCCUGCUGACCUGAAACACUUUGACCCAGAGUUCACCCAAGAAGCCGUGUCAAAGUCCAUUGGCUGCGCUCCCGACACGAUGGCCAGCAGCUCUGGGGCCUCAAGUGCCUUCCUGGGAUUUUCCUACGCGCCGGAGGACGAGGCCAUCUUGGAUUGUUAGACGAGAAGCACCUGAGAAACCACAGAGCCAGCUGGUAUCUCCGACUGCCCCAGGAAUUAUGGAAGAUGAAGUUAGAAGCCCGUGGAAAACACACCAAUGACAGUGACAUUGACCUACUGGGAAUCAAAAACCAGGUCAUGAAGAGCUACUGUUACGUUGACCUGUACUGAGAAUUCUGAAACACUCUGAUUUGAUUUCCACCUUCAUAGCGUCUGCCAAUAGACAAAUGUGGAACGUGGUGAGGGAGAAGCCAAAAUUCACCCAACUUUCCAAAGCCAAAAGCAAGAGCGUGUAGUUGUCAGAAAUGUGAUAGUACUGUCAAAAGUAUUCAACCCACUAUGGGCUGUGAAACACAUAAUUGCUCUAUCUGUUCUAGGACUGUAAAAUCACAAAAUUUUCACCAGGAUAGAAAAUAAAAAUGAAAAAUG